GAGUUACUGUUUGUGUUUACAGGUUAUUACUGACAAUCCAGUGUCCUUCGAGAUAUUUUUCCUGUGAUCUGUGCUUUCUAACUUAUAUUUUGUAAGAAAACAAGAUUUUUUAAUCAAAGUAGAGAGUUUUCAAUAUUGUUGUUCAACGAAUUAGAGGAAAUCUUGCUUUCAAGAAAUAUAACAUAACAAUAGGCUACACGUGACAUUUUCAUUUUCAGCAUGAAACACAAGCAUAAAAAGAAGUCUGAAGAUUGUGAGCAUGAAGAUUCUAAUCAUGAGACAGAAAGUAAAAAUGACAACACGAAGUUCAAGGAUACUCAUGAUGAUAAAUGUGAAGCUGAGGCUGUACAUGUGAAACUUGAAGAUAUCGUGCGUGGGAUAAAAAAACGAAAAAAGAAAAGCGACAGUGUAAAGUUGCAGGAUACUGAUAUUCAGGAAAAUAAUAAAUCUGAAGAUGAAAAUAAAGAUACAAAUCAACAUCAAAUUGAGGAUAAGGAUAAGGAAGUGAAGAGAGAGGGUAAAGACAAGGAUGAAGAUAAGAACGAACGAGAUAUCGAGCAUCGGACGCAAACAUUAAAACACAAAAAUGGCAAUUUAAAGGCAAGGCGAAAGUACACAGAUAUCUACAAAAAUCAUGAAUUUGAAGAUGAGAAUAAAGAUAACGAUCAAUCUCAAAUUAAGGAUGAAGACAAGGAUGAAGAUGAAGACAAGGAUGAAUAUGAGCAUAUAAAUAAGAAAGUUAAGAGAGAUGAUGAAGACAAUGCAGACAAAAUCAUAGACGACUAUUGCAGUGACGCUACGUUUCUGGCACGACAAAUGAUAUCAGAAGAAAAACCAUGUCAAGAAGACAUGAUAAAAUUAAGUAAGUUACGUGUCCAGUUGAGACACACCGUACCGCCUCAACAUAAUAUUGAGUCUCGUGCAGGCUCCCACAUGCCAACGCAGGAGGAAAUACAAGCAUUCGAGAAAAUAAUUCCAUGCAGGAGAGGCGUGUAUACUACUGAUGAGGAUGACACGAUCCUCCGUAAUUGGAAAGUAUUUUGCAAGCUACAUGAGUGGGACAUAGCACAGACCGCGCCGUUUAUUCACUUUAGAGUUGGUACAAAGGUACAUAUACGCAGUCACGGUGAAAGGCGGAAAUUUGUGCAGUUCUUGGCUGAUGGCUUACCAAACAGGACUCUGUACAGUGUUUACCAUAGAUUUAGGACUUUACAUGAAAAUAAUAUAAAUACCAGGUAUACAGAGGAUGAGGACGAGAUGAUACUAAAUCACUUGGAAGAUAAUCCCUCUCUCGAUGAGAAACGCAAGUACGCUGACUUAGCUAAAGUUCUUAAAAGGACGAGACACUCGAUUUGGAGACGGUAUAAAAUAUUAAAGAGAAAUAGAAUAAAAGCACUUGAGGAUGCCUAAUAUAUAAUAGUAAUUAUUGGAUUCUUUUAAAAAACAUUUUGUGAUCAAUCUAAUAAUGCUGUUUCUCUUCGUUUGAGAAUUUGAGAAGUUAGACUAUUCAACUAAUUUCGAAUAUGAGCGAUAAAGUUAAUCCUGUUUCUUCCAUUGAUAUAUAUUACACAACUGAUACUUUUUCGUAUUUUUAUUCGACUUAUUUAAAAAAAUGCCACUACAGAUUAUGGUUUCUAUGUAGUAGAGGUAUGGUGUUUCCUAGUUUUAAUUUUAUAGGAAGUUUGUUCAAUAUAUAUUUUGUACUAAAUCAAAUGUAACAAUGCGAAGUACUUGUCAUCUCGUUAAAUGUAUGCAUUAAGUUAACCAAUCUUAUUGUGUAUAUGUGUGUACACAAUUGAAAUAAUGUACAGUAAUAUAUAUACAGUUUUUCUUUAAUACAGAUUCUUACAAUGUAAAUAUACUUAACGUGAAUAUGUUAAUCAUGCAGGCGUAUGGAAAAUAAAGCUCGAUAUAUCAUGAU